AUGGCUUCCUCUCUCCAGUUCCUCCUUUUCUCUUCUCUUCUCUUCCUUUCUCUCUCCUACGCUCAACGUUCUUCUCGCCCCAAUGCCCUUGUCCUCCCCGUCUCCAAAGAUGCUUCUACCCUUCAAUACCUAACCAAAAUCAACCAGAGGACGCCAUUAGUUCCGGUGACCCUUGUGGUUGAUCUGGGUGGUCGGUUCUUGUGGGUUGAUUGCGAGAACAACUAUGUCUCAUCAACUUACCGGACACCGGGGUGUAACUCCGACAAGUGUUCUAUCUCUAGAUUUGCCGCCGUCUGCGGCGGUUGCUUUCCUUCUCCUAGGCCUGCAGGGUCACCAUGCAUGAGAAACAGAUGCAUUCUCUCCGCCGACAACUCUGUCACGAGAACAGCCAACGACGGUGAGCUUCUUGAAGAUGUCGUUUCCGUUCAAUCCACCGAUGGGUCGAACCCUGGUCCUGCGGCCACCGUUUCUAAAUUUCUAUUCUCCUGUGCACCAACUUCCCUUUUGAAAGGCCUUGCCGGUGGUGCCACAGGCAUGGCCGGACUUGGCCGGUCUCAGAUUUCACUUCCGUCGCAGUUCGCUUCUUCCUUUAGCUUCCCCAGAAAAUUCGCCGUUUGUCUCUCAUCAGGCACCGGCGUCAUAUUCUUCGGCGAUGCCCCAUACAAACUUCGUCCUAACAUUGAUCCUUCAGAUUCACUCACCUACACACCACUCUUCAUUAACCCAGUAAGCACCUCUUCAGGUUAUCUUCUCGGUGAGUCCUCCGUCGAGUACUUCAUCGGAGUUACCUCCAUCAAGAUCACCGACAAAGUCGUACCAUUAAACACCUCAUUGCUUUCCAUUGACGCCGAAGGCUACGGCGGAACAAAGAUCAGCACAGUAAAUCCCUACACUGUAAUGGAGUCCUCAAUCUACAAAGCAUUCACCGAAGCAUUCAUUAAUGAAGCCACGGCCAGGAACAUCACCAGAGCUCCAUCUGUAGCGCCUUUCGACGUGUGUUUCAGCACAAACAACGUUGGGAGCACCAGACUCGGACCAGGUGUGCCAUUCAUUGAGCUGAUUCUACAGAGCCAAAGUGUGGUUUGGAGGAUCACGGGUUCUAACUCAAUGGUUUAUGUCAGUGACAAUGUACUGUGUCUUGGGUUUGUUGAUGGAGGGUUAAACCCUAGAACCGCCAUUGUUAUCGGAGGGUACCAGUUGGAGGACAAUUUUUUACAGUUUGAUCUUGAAGGUUCGAGACUUGGGUUUAGCUAUUCGCUGCUUGGAAGGCGAACUACUUGUGGUAACUUCAACUUCACAUCCAGCUCCAUCCCCUAG